AUGGUCAAUUUAAAACUGGAGGUUAGGGUCUUCCCAAGGCAGCAGAUCACGAGCCAGAGUCAGUUUCCCGCUGUGAAUGGGAGCGACGAGCGCAGUCCUACAGAUGUCUCCCCGUGGAAGGAAUACAUCUCCUUCUGGCUACCGCUCAAGGAUCCAGAGGGUACAAGCUUCGGUGAGCUCUGUUCAAUCAUCACAGACAAGUGGAGAAUCGUCAAGCCCGAUGAAGAUCCUUUAGCAAUUCAGAAAUUGGCCGACGAUGCGAAGCCCUGGGUCUAUCUGGAGCCCGAUCUGUCCGUCGCUAGCGUUUUUGUCAACGAGGGUAAAGCCCGUGCAGACGGCUAUGAUCAAUAUGGUAUCGUUCGCGUGAUCCAAAAGCCUUCUCACCGCCGUGCCCAACGAUUUGGAUCUGUGAUUCACGACUGGGACAGUACCGCGACAGAAGCAAGGCGGAGACUGUCUCAGAAGAUGGAAGUCGUCCGCGAACAUUUCUCUCCAAUUGAAGAAGAAAGAGUGUCCCAAGAUGUUUUCAUCAAGCCCCGACAUCGCGACCUACCUCUCUCCUCAGUCGAAGACGCCGCGAUCCCUGAAACUCCUCCUUUCAACCACCAACGCAGCGAUGCGCUCGGUGGUGAUCCUUCAGCGGCGCCGGAAUUACACCCAGACUUUGUCUCUCGCAAACGAAGGCAAAGUCCAGAGUCAGAUUUGCCGGUCAAAGAGCCUCGACUGGGAAAUCUCCCACGAGCUCAGCCCGCACUCGAGAUGUCGGCCACCUCGGCCGGUUCCCCCAGUCCAGCUCGACAGCGACGAAUUUCAGCAUUUGCCAGUCCUCAACAACGGAGACCUGGUGUUCAAACCUCUAGUCCUGUGAAACGGGGCCUAGGGAUUGGUAUCGCCAAAAGCCCGUCAGCGAUGCCUCAUCCGGAGUCUAAUCAGAUCUCUUCCCAUGGUCUACCCAUACCCAGCAGUGCGCCUUCUCCAUCCCCGAAGAGUGGCUCUGUGAUGGAAAGAUCGCAAUCCCUACAGUCAUCUGCUCUACGUCAGAACUCAUUCUCCAACAAGGACAAGCACCAGCAUGUUUCAUUUACGGAGGCGAAUAUCUCUCCUAGAAGACAUGAUGCAAUGUCGACUCCACAGAAUAUCAUGAAGAAUUCUUCCAAGUCAUCUGUCACACCAUCGAGCAGUCAAAUUGUCUACCCAUCCACAUUCUCAGCCGAGAGGAUUCAAAGGAUGAAGGACGAUGCGGAGAAGAAGUUCGGCUCUGCCAAAGAACAGCAUCAGAAAGACGACGCCGUGACCAAGAUACAUACCGAGAAAGGACGGAAGACUAAGGACGAGGCUCCAAAUAAAGAAGACCCAAAGAUGAAAACGGACCAAAACUUGGCCAGCUGCGGCCAGAAAGACGGUAAGGAAGCUCGGAUAAUUCAGGAUAAAUUGCAGGAUCUCGAUGCCGACUCGCCAGCCCGGGAGAUCUUGAUCAAAUUGUUGAACAACUAUGACAUCCUCGAGAAAGCAAAAGCUGCGAACAAGAGUUUGGAAAAGAAGAAUUGCAUUAGAAGAAUCCGGCGCCUCGAGAACAAGUUGAAGCAUUUAGAGACUGCAAGCCCUUCUCCGACAGAGCACCCUUUACCCCAAUCAGCAUCCAAGGUGACGCGGUCGAUCCCACCUACUGCUCCUGCGACAUCACAAGACGUCGCUACGACCCCAUCUGGCAAAAAGAAAUCCUAUGCUGCCUCUACACCUGUGCCGUCUGUGGUGAUUCCGAUUGCAUCGCCCGGCAAAAAGACGCCGGAUGUCAACACUGGACCCAAGUCUUACGACUCACCCUCCGGAAAACCAGGCCCGGAAGUGAUACUUGUAUCCAGUUCAUCGUCUGAUUAUGCCACUGCCCAUCAGCAUGCGGGCGAUAAGCAAGACACAGACGGAGAAGCUUCAGAUGAGUCUGAAAAUGCUUUGCAUGGGAUUGAUAGUGUGGAACAGGAGGCCCAAAGACAGGUCCAGGCUGAAAUGCAGCUCAGCGGUUCCAAAGAGUACUCUGCGGAAGAAUCCCAAGACCAGGAGGCCCAGCAGCAAGUUCAGAUUGAAAUGCAGCUUGAUAGCCCCGAGGAUCAUUCUACGGAAAGAUCCGGGGAACCAUCCGACGAACAUCCCACGAACGUUCCCGGACACCCGGUAAAAAUGUAUAUAGACGACGAGGCUGAAUCGGAGUCAGGUUCGGAGUCGGAAUCAGAUGCGGAAUCGGGGUCAGAGCCGGAGAAACAGACCGAGUCUGAAUCUGAUAAUUCCGGGAAAGAGUGGAAUCCCAAGUGA